GCUGUGGAUCAGGGCCUUGGGGAGAGUGUCCAUUCUUGCUCCUCAUCUAACAAUGUACCUCACCCGAAAUUGAAACCCAAGCCCCUUUCGCCGGGACUCUCCGUAAAACCACUCAAAAUGAGACAAAACUUGCGCCUAAUGUCAAUCUUCGUUGGCUUCCCAGAGCCCUGUCGACUCGCGCCACCCAAACACGAUUACUAAAACACCCCUCAUUCCCCAACAUGCGGCUCAACAGCUAGGCCGGGUUCUCACACACCUGACGACCGACAUCAUCUCUCCCGUCUUCCCAGUUUUGUGUCGUUUGUUCCACCCCAGACUUUCACCGAACAUGUCAGGCCUGGAAGUCCUCAGCGUCGCCUCCAGCAUCAUCUCAAUCGUCGACGCAGUCUCAAAAGUCAUCAGCGCGUGCCAAGACAACUACGGCUUCCCCGACGCCGUUAGGGACGCCUACACUCGCUUACCAUUGGUGGUAGACAUUGCUAUCGGAAGGAGAGUGUGGAAAAGUGGAAGAAGAGGCAAGGGCACUCGAGUUGUAGCUUUAUGCCAACCAAAAAACCAAAGGGACAGUGGUCCGUGGGCAUUAGACUCGCACUUGCAGGAAUAAAAGAAGGCAUCAUCAGGUUUUCCGGAGAGGCAAAAAGGCCAAAAGAUAAGGUAUGCAGG